AUGAGUGAAUUUAUAGAUCGACCAAGAUCAGAACUUACGGAACAAGAACUAUCAAAGUUAGAAGAAUUUGAAUUCCUACAUGGUCCCAUGUCUUUGUUAAACCAAGCUAAAAAGCAAAAUUCACCGGUAAUUAUAUCAUGUAGAAAUAAUCAUAAGUUAGUUGGGAAAAUCCGAGCAUUUGACAGACACUGUAAUUUGAUCAUGGAGAACGUGAAAGAAUUAUGGACAGACCUAGUUACGAAUGAAUUUGGUAAGAAAAAGCAAGUACCGAAAGAAAGAUACAUAAGUAAGUUGUUUUUAAGAGGCGACUCUGUUAUAAUAAUUUUGAAAGCAUGA